GGAGGAGGACGCUGAGGAGGCGCCGAGCCGCGCUCAGGCUGCGGGGGAGGCGCCCGCGCCGACGCGGGGCCCAUGGCCAGGACCACCAGCCAGCUGUAUGACACCGUUCCUAUCCAAUCCAGUGUGGUACUAUGUGCCUGCCCGUCCCCAUCAAUGGUGAGGUCCCAGACUGAGUCCGGUGUGGCCUCCGGCAUUCCUAGUGGUGUCAGCAGGCAGGGACCCACCAUGGAUGGCACCGCAGCUGAGUCCCGGCCAAGUACCACUUCGCUACAGCAUCCUGCUCAGCCACCACCACCACAGCCUCGCAAGAAACGGCCUGAAGACUUCAAGUUUGGGAAAAUACUUGGCGAGGGCUCUUUUUCGACAGUUGUCCUGGCCCGAGAACUGGCCACCUCCAGGGAAUAUGCUAUUAAAAUUCUGGAGAAACGUCACAUUAUAAAAGAGAACAAAGUCCCAUAUGUAACCAGAGAGCGAGAUGUGAUGUCACGCCUGGAUCACCCCUUCUUCGUGAAGCUUUACUUCACAUUUCAGGACGACGAAAAGCUGUAUUUUGGCCUUAGUUAUGCCAAAAAUGGAGAGCUACUUAAAUACAUCCGCAAAAUAGGUUCAUUCGAUGAGACCUGUACCCGGUUUUACACAGCAGAGAUCGUGUCUGCUCUAGAGUACUUGCAUGGCAAGGGCAUCAUUCACAGGGACCUUAAACCAGAAAACAUUUUGUUAAAUGAAGACAUGCACAUCCAGAUCACAGAUUUUGGAACAGCAAAAGUAUUGUCUCCAGAAAGCAAACAAGCCAGGGCCAACUCAUUUGUAGGAACAGCACAGUAUGUUUCUCCAGAGCUGCUUACAGAGAAGUCAGCCUGUAAGAGUUCAGACCUUUGGGCUCUUGGAUGUAUAAUCUACCAGCUUGUGGCAGGACUCCCACCGUUCAGAGCCGGAAAUGAAUACCUGAUAUUUCAGAAGAUUAUUAAGCUGGAAUAUGAUUUCCCAGAAAAAUUCUUCCCUAAGGCAAGGGACCUUGUGGAAAAGCUCUUGGUUUUAGAUGCCACAAAGCGGUUAGGCUGUGAAGAGAUGGAAGGGUAUGAGCCCCUCAAAGCUCAUCCAUUCUUUGAGUCCAUCACGUGGGAAAAUCUGCACCAGCAGACGCCCCCGAAGCUCACAGCUUAUUUGCCAGCCAUGUCGGAGGACGAUGAGGACUGCUAUGGCAACUACGACAAUCUCCUGAGCCAAUUUGGCUGCAUGCAGGUGUCAUCGUCUUCCUCCUCCCACUCCCUCUCUACAGUGGAUGCCAGCCUGCCCCACAGGUCGGGCAGCAACAUAGAGCAGUACAUCCAUGAUUUGGACACUAACUCUUUUGAACUGGACUUACAGUUUUCCGAAGAUGAAAAGAGGUUGUUAUUGGAGAAGCAGGCCAGUGGAAACCCUUGGCACCAGUUUGUAGAAAAUAAUCUAAUACUAAAAAUGGGUCCAGUAGAUAAACGAAAGGGUUUAUUUGCACGACGACGGCAGUUACUACUAACAGAAGGGCCGCAUUUGUAUUACGUUGACCCUGUCAACAAAGUCCUGAAAGGUGAAAUUCCAUGGUCACAAGAACUCCGACCAGAGGCCAAGAAUUUUAAAACUUUCUUUGUCCACACGCCUAACAGGACAUAUUACCUGAUGGAUCCCAGUGGGAAUGCUCACAAGUGGUGCAGAAAGAUCCAGGAGGUUUGGAGGCAGCGGUACCAGAGCCACCCGGAUGCUGCUGUGCAGUGACACGGCCUGCGGCCGGGCUGCCCUUCGCUGCCAGGACACCUGCCCCAGCGCGGCUCGGCCGCCACCCAGGACGCUUCCAGACCACCUGCCAGCCAUCUCAAGGAGAAUGCAGACGGUGGAAACCUUGCAGCUUUUUUAUUUAAAAGAAAAGAAGAAAAAAAAACCUCAACCACACAAAGAACAAAACGAAUAACCAACAAACAGGAAUUCAGGGUCGCUUUGCUUGCUCUCUGUGCUCUGUGGUGGCUCUCCAUGCUGCUGUGGCCGUGCAGACCCAUCUUCUGCCCAGACCAGUGGCCAGACAUGGCAUCACCAGCCCCUCCUAGCAUCCAUGGGAACUGUGCGCCCACUCUUCACCCCUUACCACCUGACACACACCACUCCUACUGUGGCCAAGGGACUGGGUAUGUUUUUGGCUCUUUUCUGCCCACUCCCAUUGUCAUAGCACCCUUCACCAGGGAGCUUCUCCAUGCUUCUGCUGGGGUGGCCACGAGCUCACUGUGGAUGCAGGGUUCUUAGUUUGUAUGUGUACUCUUCCUCAAGUCCCUCAUGUUGGGCCCUGGAGAUGUAACCAGGCUAACAUGCCUCCUGAUGUAACUAGGGCCAGGAUUUGUGUGGUCUCUGCCUUACAGCAGGCAGGCUGUGUGGUAAGGCAAAUGCAGGUGUCUUCGGUAGUAGAACACCUUCACUGGGCUCUGCUCCUGAUAUCCACCUCCUAGCAGUCCAUCAGUGGGGCUGUAUUCCGGGACAAAUACAUGUCCAGGAGGGCUGCUGUCAGAGUGGAGCCCAGGCAGCACCAGCUGGUCAUUGCCCAGUACAGUCCUGUCUUGUACCUGGGCCACAACCUCUCUGUGGAAGAGUGGAACCUCAAACCUUCCUGAGAGUCUUUAGGAAGGUUUAAAUGUGAUGCAGGGCUGUAUGUCCUCUGAAGCAGGAUCAGAGAAUCCUAGUACCAGCAUCUCCAGGGUAUGCUAGCUUACUGCCCAGCCUCACAUGCUCCUAUUCAUGCUGUGGGUAAACACUUCUCCCCUAGCUCUGUUUUUACAUCUCUGUUGAACAUCUAAGGCCUUCUCACAUUGCCUGAUCACCUGGUCACAUAAAGGGUAGACUUUGCCUGGAAAGAAUGUUACCAUUGUCCAGCAUAUGGGAACAGUCCACAUAAACCUGAGCCUGCCCAAUUUGGCAUCCUGUUCCAGUUUUAGAGCCACUUCCUCUAAUGCUCUGGUAACAGUGUUGUGCUCUAUAAUACAGAUGGUUGGGGCAUACCAGUCCCUUGUUUGUUUUGCUGCUCCCAAGGGGCUUGGCUGUGCCUCUCUGGUUAAGUUGUCCCUGAAGGGUGGGUGGCCCUUGGUCACAGUCUGCUUACAGGCACACCUCUCUCUUCUAUGUCCCCAAGGCAACAUCUUUGUCUUUUCUGUUGGCUUUCACAAAGGCACCAGCAAAAGGCUCACACAGAAAAGGUUCCUCCAGUUCUAUCUCCAGUGGCCACCUAUAUGACUGGUCCAGGCCUCUCUAGACUGUGAGGAAGGAUUUAUUCUCAACUGUUAACCUAGGAUAGAGGCCUACCAUCAUGCUGGGGCAGGGGCACUGGGCGGGAGCGUAGGUGUUCUCAGAGUUUUUCUCACAUGAUGUAGUGAGAGCUUGCAGAUAAGGAGCCAGUGUUAGGGUUUCAACUCUCCUUAGGGCCCCAUGAGUGGACAUGGCCCAGCAUGUGGCUCUAUCCUGUGAAGAAAGACAGGCACCCUGUCUCCCAGCUUUUGAAGAGGCUUGCUUGGAUUGGUUGGUCCACUUGACUUUCUUCCUUGAGUUCCUGUUCAGGCUUACCCCCUUAUGGCAGUUUAACCUUGAGUGUCCUGUGUCCUGCAUCUGUGUGUGUUGAAGUGGCUCCUUGCCCCCCCCCACACACACGUGAGCGCGCAUCUCUCAGAGCAUGUGGCCACAGGGGGAUAAGUGGAGCUGAGUUGCCUUGAGUAAAAGCACCUAGAUAAAACCAUUCAUAGGUGGGAGAGACCCCUGGAGAGUGCCACUACCUCCUGGGCUUCACCAAGCGCCACUGUAACCUGAAAUCAGAUGUGGGCUCUUUUGAGCUGACAGUGAGUGGCCCUGUAUUGACAACAGCCAAGCUCUUCCCAGGGCACUUUUGACCUUACUGCUUCUCCUUUGUCUUUUUUUCUUUUUUUAAGGCCAUACACUCCCCCCUCCUGUUUUUAAAACCAUCCUUAGAGCUGUUACCCAGCAUGCAGGUGCCUUACGUUGUAGGACAGGAAUAUGAGUGUCAGUUUAUAUAGCAGUAAAUAUGUGUGGAGCUCUUUUAAGUAAGGGAUCCAUCCAAGGCAAGUAAGAAGUGCCCUGAUAUUCAGGAGCCACGUGCCCUACUAAAAACAGCAAGGAUGAGCGGCAAGACUACCCUCAGGGACCUCUCCCAUCAUUGGCAGGAGGCUUCAUUGCUAUGGCUUACACCACCCACUGUACCCAGCCUUUUCCUGGUAUACAGAGGAAGCUGGACUUUAAAUGGGUCACUUCCACCUGUUUUUCUAGGGCUCCAACCAGAUAGUGUGCAUCGGCAUGUUGAGCUCUGAACCUCUCCACCCCAGGGAGUGGCAUCACCAAUCUGAACUAUAACUUGUUGGAGGUGUUAUAAUCUGCUUUAAGAAAAAUGGCUCUUGUUGUCAGGUCCAAACUGACAGGAACUUCACCUAGCUCUAGUCCCUUGCAUCCUCCUGGUGUUUGUGGUCCACACCUGAAGUGACCUCAGUCCCACGGCAGACUCCCAGGCACCAGCAAAGGGCUCCCGGUGAUUGUGUACUUAAGUACUGUCUGUGUUCCAAAAAAUGCAAUGGUAGGCCCAACAUUCAGAGUCCGCUGUGAGCAUUCGGGUAUAAAUCAUGUUUCCCACUCCCAGCCCCAAUGUGUUUUUUUCAUUUUUGCAAUGCUGGGAAUUGAAUCCAGGAGCUCAGAAAUGCUAGGCAAACACUCUUACCACUGAGCUACAUCCCCAACACUUGCUUUAUUUGUUUGUCUUUUUGUUUGUUUGUUCAAGGUAGGGACUCACUGUAACCCAGGCUGACCUGGAAAUCACAGUGAUCCUCCUACCUCUGCCUUCCUAGUGCUGGGAUUAAAGGCGUGCAUCACCAAUCCCAGUACUUGUUUGCCUUUUAAACCAAACUGGGAACAUACAGUAUAAAUCAUUUUGCAUCCAACUUUUUCAUUUGAUAUUUUAUCUUAAGCAUUUUCCCGUACCAUGAGCAGUUCUUCAAAAGCAUGUUUAAUGAUUGUAGUCUAAUGUUGUAAAUUUUACCCUAAGUUUCAUAAGUUAUCAAAAGACCAUUUCCCUGUUGUAAAAUAUUCAGAUGAUUUUUGGUUUUUCACUAUUUAAUGCUGUGAUUAAUAUCCUUAAAUAUCUUUGGUUUUGACUCUGAUUUUUUUUCCCCCUUCAAAUGCCUGCAAGUGCUAAUUUUGGGUCAAAGAAUUUGUUCAUUUCACAGAUAUUCCUCCUCUUGGUCUGAUGUUCAGUUCCAGUAACAACCCCCUUCCUGUGUCCUACAGAUUCUGAACAGAUCAGUUCCUGCUAAGCUGUGUUCCAAAGAAUGUUUGAAUAUGACCGAUUUUUUUUAAUGCUAAAAUGAUGUCAUUACUGCAGAUCCAUUUGUGACAGGUUCUUCCAAGAACCACUUUCCUUAUUUUCAUUGCAAGAACUGGUCAUGCCUGCAUGUUAGUUUCUCUUCCAUCCCUGCUGCUAUGGUCUCUGAGUGCUUGGUGAUGUUCUCAGAAUCUUGUACUUUGUGUCCACUGAAUCUGCUUCUGCACAGUCAGCAGAGGUAAAAAGUGUUGAACUGACCUUGCCACAUGCUUAGUGGAUGAUCUGUAGUUAAGUUUAUAGACUCAGAAAAGUACAUUGGGCCAUUUGGGAUUGGCAAAGUAGCAAAGCUAUACUUGAAAAAGAACCCAUGUAGGCGAUUGGGUUUUACAAAAGUACAGUUUUGUGUGUUCUUUAUGCCCCUGCCCCCAGGUUUUUGUGGUUCAGGACAGCACAGCAGCCAGGCCUUUUUGUUGGUGAGAGUGGGUAUUCCAGCACAUGUGAAUAUAGUCUCUGGUCUUAAAGUCUACACCACUCAAAUUUAGUUGUAUUCUUAGGUUGGGUGGGUCACAGAUUCCAGUGGGUACCAUACUUUCACUUGAUUCCACCAAAGCCAAUCCUGAGGUGUGCAGAAAUCAGCUCCUUGCCCUCUGAUGCCCCAAGUCUCUUUGCUGGUGGUUCACAGACUAAGGGUGCUCAUAGCUGAGACUUGGGAGGCUGUAUGCAGCAGCUGUGAGUUUAGUAAAGGUACUUUGUUCUGAGAGAUGCUGCCAUACACAUUUUUCUUUUCCAUUUUGUUUCAUUACAAACCCAACAUAAACUGAUGAUGGUUCCAGUGGGUGUGGCUCCUUAGACUGUAUGGCAAGUGCCCUCUAUCAGCCAGAUUUGGAACCGUGUCCACAGCCUUGGAGGACACUGGCUUUUGGCCCAAGGCUGCAGGCUUGUAAUCGAUGCUGCUUAUGGAGAAGUGGUCUAGGGAGGAAGCUGUUUCUGUCAAAGAGCACUUUUGCAACCGUGAACAAGUGAAUUAAUAGCCGAUGUGAAUAUAUGUAGUUUCCCUGUAACCCAUUUCUUCAAUAUGAAGAAACCAAACUGUACAGAGAACUGUUUUACAAAAGGCAAACUACCCCCACCCCCACGGCCCACUCUAGUCAAACCAUCUGGCUUAAUGAGUACAACUGGAGGCCAGUGUGCAGGUGGACACCUCCAUUAUGACAGUAGUUUGAUUGAACACUGACAGAUUCCACUGUUACAGUAUUUAGAGCUGCUGUGGCUGUUCUAUAACCACCUAUAGUAGGGUGAAUCAAUAGGAUGUUGCUGUCAUUCGGGUUGGUGGCAGUCAGAACAUGUAUAAUAUUCUCUACCUGGUCUGUAGCUGUAACUGUGAUGUACAGGCAAAGCAAAAAUUUAAAAACUUAUGAAAACAAAUAAUGCAAUGAUAUUAGGAUAUACAUUUUUGUAUUUUUAUUCUUAUAUAAGGUUAUUUGCUGGCUAUUGUUGGCCUCUAGUUCAGUCUGUGUUAUUUAAAUUCUAAUAUAUGAAUUAUUUGGAUUGAAUUCAUGUUCGGGGCCACGUUGUUGUAUGUAUUGAUGUACAGCCUUGAAUGUGAAUAAUUAUUGUAAACUAUAUUUUACAACUUUUUUUCUGGCUUUAUUAUAUAAAUUUUCUAUUUGGUCAUGGUUUAAUCAUAUCAUAAUUUAAUGAAAACUUUUUUUCAAGUAUCUGUGCUUUAGAUGUAGUUACGGAUGAUGAAUUUCCCUCGUAUGCUCGGUAGUCUUGUAAUAAAAGCAUGUAGAGUGUA